AUGGGAAAAGUCCUCCGGAUAGCAAACCAUAUUAACUCACAAAAUUAUGCUUUCUUUUUGUUUAGGAACAAGCCUGAAGCCGUAGAGGUUACGUUUGCAGACUUUGAUGGUGUGCUUUACCACAUCUCCAACCCCAGUGGAGACAAAACUAAAGUAAUGGUCAGCAUCUCUCUCAAGUUCUUCAAGGAGCUUCAGGAGCACGGCGCCGAUGAGCAGGACAGACUGAUGCCUGUGUUUCUCUGUGUUCAGGAGUUUAAGGAGGGCAGGAGGGCCAGUCACACGGCUCCUCAGGUGCUGUUCAGUCACAGAGAACCUCCUCUGGAGCUAAAGGACACUGACGCAACAGUGGGAGACAACAUCGGCUACAUCACUUUUGUGCUGUUUCCUCGACACACCAACGCCAACACCAGAGACAACACCAUCAACCUCAUCCACACCUUCCGGGACUAUCUGCACUACCACAUAAAGUGCUCCAAGGCUUACAUCCACACUCGCAUGAGGGCCAAGACCUCGGACUUCCUGAAGGUACUCAACCGAGCUCGCCCGGACGCUGAGAAGAAAGAGAUGAAAACUAUUUCGGGCAAGACCUUCUCCCGUUAAGGACAUGAUGUGCAAUCACGAGACCAGCAUCUGUGGACUCCAUCGUACACCUCUGGCCAGUGAUGUCGAUCCUCCACCUGUAAAUUGCACCUCAACAGGGAGACGAAUAUAUUUCUCGCUUUGCAUUUAUAGGAUAAAUGUUAUUUGUAUGUCGGAUAAACGUUUAUUUGAUGCGCUCUUAUGUUUCAUUGCGUAGCUCUGUUGUCUGACAGUGUUUUAUUGACCUUAGUCAUGCAGUAUUUUCCCUUUCCUCUUGCCUUCUUUGUUUGCGCCAAAUGCAUCAAUAUUGGACAUCCCGAAUCGGUCAUGAAUAAACCCGUCUUCUAUAUAA